AUGGAGGACACCGGUGAGUCAGCUGGACUUGGUGAGAGAACCAGUGAAGGUGCUGCUGGGAUUUUCGACUUUGAUUCAUUCACUUUUGGCGAGUUACCCAGCUAUAGCUACAUUGACCCCACUCGCUCGCCUUUCUGCUUUUCCGAGCGUAAGAGGUGGUCAUUUGCUGAUGGUGUACAUGACAAUAGUGCCGUGAACGUAUCGAACGAAGGUAGUAGCGUCAAUCAUCCCGUUCAUCACGAAGAGCACCCGUAUGCGAAACCUGCCGGAAAGUCGUCGCGUCGUGGUCGCCCCGAGGAAGUUAUCAGUACGUCGAGUUCGGCCAAGUAUUCGACGAAGUACCGAGAGCGCCAGAAGAAUAAGUUAUUGGCACGCAAGGCAGAGCAUGGGAAAUUGAGUGAGCAGGUUAAGUUCCUUCAUGCGGAAAAUAGACAUCUCAGUGCGGGAUUUGGUCAACUAAAUGAGCGCGCAGAUGAUAUGGGAAAUAUGGUUGAAGGACACGCAUGUACUUAUCGAAAUGCUUUGCCGACUCCACAUUUUUGCGGACUUUCCAAUGAAAAAGAUUCUACUGACGAUGUUUCUAAUGUCCGUAGUUCAAUCCCGCAGUAG